UAGUUUCCGUUAAAGUUUGUUGUAUGACAGAAAACCGUCUAAUUUGGCAGGAUGAACCAACUUAAAAGAAAUCAACCUACGUAAAUGAUACUCCUUCCCGAUUUCAGCUUUUGCAGAUAUAUUUGUCACAGCGAGACAACAUGUCAAAAGCUUGGACAGGAUGUAAGCUUAAAAGCAAGGAGUUUGCUAGCUCUGAACAGCAUCUGAGCACCGGAAAAAAUCCAAGCAAAGACAUAUUUCUAUACACACAAAUGAGACAGUAUGGAAACCUAAAGAAAAAAGCACAAACAGUUGUGAAUGACUAUAUAGCUAGAGCUGUGCCGAGCCUGUUGGUAGAGAAAGAAUUUGACUUGGGUGAAAUAAACAAGGUCUUUUCUUCUCACUGGCUCAAUGAUAGACAGGUCGCCUUCGGUACAAAAUGCAAUAAAUUGAUGGUGUUAGAUUCAAUGACAGGAAAACUUCUUCAAAUUCCGUCCAUAAAAAGCAGUGAUGAUAGUUACCCAGCGGACUCUCCUUGUGGAAUACAUAGCAUUGCUCUAAAUCCAUCAGGGACAUUGUUUGCCACUGGGGCUGAGAACACCAAUGAUCUUGCUAUUUACCAACUGCCGACCUUUGACCCUGUAAUGGUUGGAGAGAAAGGCCACACAGAUUGGAUAUUUGACAUUUCAUGGAUUGAUGAUGAAUUUCUAGUGACAGGCUCACGAGACAGCAGACUGUGUCUUUGGCGAGUAGACAACACGGAGGACAUUGAUCAAACUUCACGACUACAGAGCCUACAGGUGCCAGAGUAUGCUAUCAAGGGUCCAGAAUCAGUCGAGUACUGUGAUAAGGCUAACAAAGUGCGGGCACUUUGCUACAACGAUUACAGAAAGGAGCUAGCUGUCCUGUCUCUGAAUGCUUAUUUUUAUCUCUGGGAUGUGGAAACGUUUACUGCUAGAACCUAUAGAAGACUUUUUCACACCAAGGAGAAUGUAUGUAUGUGUGUGUCCAAGGAAAGAACAUUGUAUGCAGUAGGAUCACAAUCUCACAUCAACUUAGUUGACCCUCGCUGCCCAAACACUCUCACAACCAUCAUCUCUCGCUAUCGUGGCGGAGGUGUGCGAUCGGUGAGUUUCCGAGAUGAUGUUCUGACAAUAGGAACAGGUGUAGGCAAUAUCCUGUUUUUUGACACCAAAGCUGGGAAAUAUUUGGAGUGUGGUUGCGGACAUCCAUGUACGAUGACAGUAGGAAAUGGUUUCUUGUCAAGAGAUGAAAACUACAGAGAAUUUUUCAUGGACAAUAGUUAUCCCAAUGCCAUCUAUACACAUCAGUUUGACAGUACAGGGACACGAUUGUUUGCGGCCGGUGGACCUCUACCAGCAGGACUGUGGGGAAACUACGCUGGUCUGUGGCAUUGAUGUUACUCCUCAUAGGAUUCAACAACUAAAAUAUAAUAAACGCGGCAAGGGCAGAUACACUUAUAGACAUGUACAGGGCCUUCUGUAGACCCUAAUUAUAGACAUGUACAGGGCCUUCAGUAGACUCUGAUUAUAGACAUGUACAUGGCCUUCAGUAGACCCUGAUUAUAGACAUGUACAGGGCCUUCUGUAGACCCUAAUUAUAGACAUGUACAGGGCCUUCAGUAGACCCUGAUUAUAGACAUGUACAGGGCCUUCAGUAGACUCUGAUUAUAGACAUGUACAGGGCCUUCUGUAGACCCUGAUUAUAGACAUGUACAAGGCCUUCUGUAGACCCUGAUUAAAGACAUGUACAGGGCCUUCUGUAGACCCUGAUUAUAGACAUGUACAGGGCCUUCAGUAGACCCUGAUUAUAGACAUGUACAGGGCCUUCUGUAGACCCUGAUUAUAGACAUGUACAGGGCCUUCAGUAGACCUUGGAAAGAAUGUUUCCAUCUCCCUUUUACAUGAGUUUCUGUAGACCCUUGAGGAUAUUUAGGACUCUUUAAUAUGAGUUUAGACAUUUGAAUGGACUUGUCUAUUAUUUGGCAUAUGUGUUAACUCUUCAGAUUUGUAAUCUAACUUUUGAAAUUGCUAUAAGUCGAGGAUCAUCUGAAAACCUUUACACAUAUCACUGGCAAUCAGAUAUAGCAAGAUAUAUCUCAUUAACUUUAUCAAACAUAAUGGAUAAUUCAGUAUUUAUUCUAACAUAAGUAACAUGGGGAAGUGGGUGGGUGGGCAACACAUCUUCUCAGAAUCAAUAUAGUGCUGAUUACAAGACCAUGUUUUUUUCUGAGGUGCAAGACAUUUGGAUGUGCUAGACAUGGGCUUAAUACCAGACACAAGCUUAUUGUCAGACAUGGGCUUAUUACCAGGCAUGGUCUUAUUGCCAGACAUGGGCUUAUUAUCAGACAUGAGCUUAUUGUCAGAUAUUGGCUUAUUACCAAGGAUAGGCUCAUUGCCAGACAUGGGCUUCUUGUCAGACAUGGACUUAUUGUGGAAAAAAUACAUGAAUUAACAUUUAUCAUUGUUUCAAAUGUAUACCAUUUGAUCAUUUUUUCUACAUGUAAAUAACUUUUUUAUCAAUGCCACAUUAUAACUAGGUGAUAGGCAGCUUUGAUAAUAUUGCAAAUGUUCCAUUCUUGAAAGUAUGUUGAUGCUGGAUGAUAACGAGGGGCAUUAUAAUUAUAAUUGUAAACAUAUUCAAGUCGUUGUAUAAUUGACUUUCAAUAUAGUUAUAAUAAUUAUUGCAUUUUUUUUUCUUUUUCCCAUCUUGACAGUCAAAAAUACAUACCCUAAGCAUUGGUUGUCUUUCUUCUGUUUGGACUAUGGGUCUUACACUAUGGUGCAAAAAAUGUAAAAAAAAAAAUGAAGAUUACUUUUGCUUGUGGAUUACAAUUUUCAAAGCAGUCAAAAGCAUUGGUUAAUAUUUUGGCCCUGAUGUCUUACAUUGUAACAUCUUGUGUUUUAGACUUUCACAGUUAAAAUAAACAAAAAUUUGCUCAGCUAUAUAUAGUGAAGAUAUUCCUAGAUAUUACUUGACAGGGUCGUUAUUCCUAGACCAGCACUAUUAUGACUAUACCCAACAGGUCUUGCAAGAGCACUGCAGGUUUAAAACCUGCCAUCAUACCCGCCAGUACUAACUAAUGAGGGCACUACAGGUUAGAAACCUGCCAUCUUGCCCUCCAGUACUAAUGAGGGCACUAUAGGUUUGGAAUCCUGCCAUAAUACCCUCCAGUACUAAUGAGGGCACUACAGGUUUGGAAUCCUGUCAUCAUACCCGCCAGUACUAAUGAGGGCACUACAGGUUAGAAACCUGCCAUCUUACCCUCCAGUACUAAUGAGGGCGCUACAGGUUAGAAACCUGCCAUCUUACCCUCCAGUACUAAUGAGUAAUUGGGUGAUGUGAUCCUCCAUAUUGUUGAGCGAUGUUUCCUCCACAUAAUUGGAUGAUGUGCUCCUCCAUAUAAUUAGUCGAUGUGAUCCUCCAUAUUGUUGAGCGAUGUUUCCUCCACAUAAUUGGAUGAUGUGCUCCUCUGUAUAAUUGGGUGAUACCACAAAUAGGGGAAUAUGGGUUUGUUACAAGCGCAAAUCUCUCUUGUCAGUUUUUUGAUUUGUAAAGUUGGGUUUUUUUUACCAACACUGAAUAGCAUACUCGGUAAAACUAUAGGUGUGUUUCAGCAAACAAUUCCUCUUCAAAAGAAUGAAGUGUUUCUGAUCAAUUCUUUCAGAAGUCUGCCUUUGUGCAUCCACACUGGAAUAUUUAGCCACGCCUCCUCCACUUCAUUAAGAUAUCACAUGACACCACAGACAACCCGUAAACAGAUCACAGCAUAGCGAAAAUGUAGAUGUAUCGCUUUUGAUGUGAUGAUAAACCCCAAUUAUGGCCUGUUUUGCCUCAAUUACUUAUGACAUGGUAACAUGUAUAGCUAGUAAAUGAGUUAAGAAUAUCAAAGACAUUUAAAGUACUACACACAAACAUUAUCUUACUCAUGCACUAACUUUCAGAAAUAUGUGUGACAUGAAUGUAAAUGAAGGAAUUGCCCACAGAUUGAGUACAAAGAUAAGACAAAUACACAGUAUACUUGUAAUAUACAAAUACAAACUUUAGUUGAGAGCAAUCCUUGGUUACAGGGGGGGGGAAUCGUUCAGGGCAGGUCCGUAAAACCCUGGAUUGCCUGGAACUAAAGUCUGCAUUUACUUUGAUAUAUGGUUUAUAUUAAUUAAAAAAAAAAACAAAAAAAACUAAGAAAGUUCCUUUAAAAUACCUAAUCACAUCACUGGGGGGUGGUGGGUCCCCCAGGUCGCCAGGUCUGUGGAAUGUUACAUUAACCUCUGCUAAAACUACACAUUGCUCAGGUGACAUAAUUUCUAUUUUUAGAGGGAGUCACUAUAAGAUUACAUGGACCUGACAAAACAUUUUAUUGACUCCUUGGUGAUGUCAUAAUGUAUUUCCAAGGAAAUAAGUGAUGUCAUGUGAUUCCAUUAGGACCAAUGAGUGUUUGUGUUACAUGCCAAUCAUAUAAUAAAAUAAUUUAUUGUGGUUCAAUGAGGUAAUAUGAAGUUUUAGUGUCUACAAUUUAAUUGUCAGCGCAGUAGCAAGUUAGUAACUUUGACCAUAAUUUCAUUACGAACCUGUCAGGCUAUCCAGUUGAGUAACCAUGCAGAACUUUCAAGAAGUAACUCGAAUUCCACAUUUGACUCGACCGACACGGCUUCCUUAGUUCUCUUACCAUCUAGUUGCUGAUAUUUAUACAAUAUUUUUUACGGUCGCCAUCUUGUCCUCAUUUUCUUACUGCUUCCGAUUUCUGUGACCAACUAGCUAUUUGGUUACUCUGGGAGCUACGUACAUCAUUUUCAAUUCCGUUUGUGAACUUGCCUGCGCAUGCUUAUAUUGAUAGUCGUUGCAUUUUCAAAAACUUAUAUUUCUAAGAACUUGAGGUUAUCUUCCGACUUAAGAGUUAUUACGGUAAUGUUUAUAACUGUAACUAGUCGAGAGAAAUACAAGAUCCCGUUUACUUUUAUUUUUAUAGCUUAAACUCAUUUCAACGACAGAAUGUUGAUUUAACUUACAUUCAUGGUUACAAAAUAAGAUUGAUAUCAAAAUGGUGUAUUUACAUGUCUUUACGUUGAAGUAUUGAGUGAAAUCAUUAUCAUAUAAGGAAUCUUUUUCGAGGAAUAAAUGUUUGUAUGAUGUCACUUUCUGUUCUUUCCUUUAUGGAACUAUAUGUAUAAAAUUGACAUACAUGUGAUUGUCCUUAUUCUAUAAAGUUUAUGUUUGUACGUCAUAGACAUUGUGAAUGUGCAGGACAUCUUGUCUGUUGUGUGUGAAAUUAUUUAACUGAACACUUUUAAUUAUUAUUUGUGAACAUUAGGACUGUAAUAGAAGUCAUAUGCUGUCAUCACCAAGAUUAACAACAGAUUUUCAAGAACUUCAGUUUUUUAAUGAAUCCUCUGGUAAACAGAACCAGUUUAGUUUUCAAACAGUCAAGUGUGCGUUUUUUUUUUUGUUUUUUUUUGUUUUUGUUCUUUUUACAUGGUAGGUGGCAAAGAAUAUCAAUUUCAUCACAUAGUGUAUAUGUAGAAUUUUACCCAGUGGAAUGUUGAAUUCUUUACAUGAUCAAUACUUUUUAGGAUGAUAAAAUGAAUUUUUUAUAUUUUGAUUGUCGACAUGAUUUAUUAUAUCAUCAACUUUUAAUGGUAUUACAUGUUACAUUUCAUUAUGCAGGAAUGUAGUAGCACAAGAUGUUAAUUUUGUAACCACAGGGAUAUUAUGUAAAUUCUUUAGGUUUACUUCUUUCCUGUAAUAUUCUUGUCCAGUGCCCCUAAUAUUCUUGUCCAGUGCCCCUAAAUAAUAUUUAGAAAUUUUGAUUGUCUUGGUCUUCUUAUAAUUGUUACAUAUCAGUGUAAUGAUAGGAAGGGUAGCAUUUGAUAAGUUAAUACCAUAUAACUCCUUAUUAACAGAGUUACUGCCCUUAGUUAGCACGAGUGCAGUAUUAACAGAGUCACUGCCUUUAGUUAGAAUGGGUACCAUAUUAACAGAGUUACUGCCCUUAGUUAGAAUGGGUACAGUAUUUAGAGAGUAACUGCCCUUAUUUAGCAUGGGUACAGUAUUUACAGAGUUACUGCCCUUAGUUAGCAUGGGUACAGUAUUAACCGAGUAAAUGUGCUUUAUUUACUUGGCAUUGUAAAAUUUCCAGAAUGCCAUCAGUUGCCAAAUGACACUGUUACAUGUAACAAGGAUGUAGAAAGGUUCAGGGCAGAACAUCUGUAGAAAAUAUAACUACAAAGAUGAGAUAACCAAAUUGAGAUAUUUAUCAGUUUAUUGUCUGGAAUCUCACCAAACAUUAGCAAUACUACAGUUCUAUUCCAAGACACGAGCAAGUUCACCAUACAUAUAGUCACUGAACCGAAUAAAAAACAUAACAUAAUUAGAGUUACAACCAAAUAAGGGCACACCAGAUAUUAAUCCAAAGGUUUCUGAUGUUUUACUUGUUUUUUUAUCAGCCUGUGGAUAUCGGCCUGUAAAUUUAUCAGCCUGUUGAUAUCGGCCUGUUAAUUUAUCAGCCUGUUGAUAUUGACCUGUACAUUUAUCAGCCUGUUGAUAUCGACCUGUAAAUUUAUCAGCCUGUUGAUAUCGGCAUGUUAAUUUAUCAGCCUGUCGAUAUCGGCCUGUAAAUUUAUCAGCCUGUUGAUAUCGGCCUGUUAAUUUAUCAGCCUGUGGAUAUCGACCUGUAAAUUUAUCAGCCUGUUGAUAUCGGCAUGUUAAUUUAUCAGCCUGUUGAUAUCGGCCUGUAAAUUUAUCAGCCUGUUGAUAUCGGCCUGUAAAUUUAUCAGCCUGUUGAUAUCGGCCUGUAAAUUUAUCAGCCUGUUGAUAUCGACCUGUAAAUUUAUCAGCCUGUUGAUAUCGGCCUGUAAAUUUAUCAGCCUGUUGAUAUCGAUCUGUAAAUUUAUCAGCCUGUUGAUAUCGGCCUGUAAACCGAUUGGCCUAUAUUAUAUUUAUGAAAAGGCUGAUAAACCCCUCAGAAACCUUCGCUUUAACAAGAUAUAUUUACAUGUUAUCUUUAGACUAAUGAUCAUUGUACAUCAAAUGCUGCAUUAAUUAUAUUUUAAGUCCAAGUAAUGUCAAACUAUAUAGCUAUGUUAAUGAACUUGACGUAUAAAAAUAUGUUAAUUUUCUGUUGGUAUGUUUGUUUGGUCUUUCAAUACUUUAUCUACUAAAUAUUUGUUGUGGUUUAAUAGGAAUGUGAUCUUGUGUCUUGUUAUAAGACAAUCCUGAAUAUGACCUACAGGGAAUAAGAUGUUUACUGUUAUACAUAUUAUAGGAGAGAACCGGAGGGAGGAUUCAGUUAUUCUAGUACUUUAUAUUAAUUAUGUUUAUACGGUAAUAUAAAGUAAUGAUGUUGACCAAUCUCUCCCAGAAGAAUGCAUUAGCUUGUGUUUGAAACCCUGGGGGAGAUUGGAUGUUGACAUAGAUUGUAGAAAAUUGCAUUUUAAAAAUUUCGAAAUAAAUCUCUGCCAUAUGUA